AUGGAUCCCUGGACACGGUGGCCUCUCUGGAAACAAAGGAGCAGACAGAGUGCUCGAGAAUGCCGUGCCCGCAAAAAAUUAAGGUAUCAGUAUUUAGAAGAAUUGGUUGCUGAUCGAGAAAAGGCAGUAUUUGCCUUAAGAAAAGAACUUGAAAAGAAAUUUCACUACACCAAGAUGUCUGGCUGGCACUGUUACACUCAUUACCUGGCACGGAUAACACCUAGGUUCUUGUUCAUAUUUAUGGCUUUUUAA